ACAAGCUGGGUGCCUCGAACUCGAAUCUCAUUCUCCACUCCAAUAAAGCCCAAGGGACCCGAAGGAAUCGAAUUCGGGUCCUCUUCUUCAAAAUCUCCUCCUCCUCCUCCUAAGCCGCCGCCGCCGCCGCCGGUCGAUGAUGCUCGUGCGUGCGCUCGUGCACCCCACGUGCUUCGCGCGCCCACGUGACUCUCGCCUCUCCUCCUCUCCUUCAACCCAAGUCUUCGUUGAAGGUAAAAAGACCUCUCUGUCCUUCUCCUACCCGAAGAAAACGCGACCAAUGUCGUCAGCUAGGUGCGCUAUUUCAGCCAAAAGCAGCCAACAGAGCUCAAAGGAUGGAGAGGAUCGUUUAUCAGUACAUGGGGUGUCGGAAAUGGUUGUUGGCAUAUUGGGAGGCGGGCAGUUGGGUCGAAUGCUCUGCCAAGCAGCGAGUCAAAUGGGGAUCAAAGUGCUCACUUUGGAUCCCCUUGAGAACUGUCCUGCAAGUUCUUUAUCACAUCAGCAUAUAGUCGGGAAUUUCAAUGAUGGCUCUGCGGUUCUUGAGUUUGCAAAGAGAUGUGGAGUGCUGACUGUAGAGAUUGAACAUGUCGAUGUUGAUGCACUGAAGAAACUUGAGCAACAAGGAGUGGACUGCGAACCGAAAGCUUCAACCAUUAGGAUUAUCCAAGACAAAUAUAUUCAAAAGGUUCAUUUUUCCCAUCAUGGAAUUCCACUUCCUGAUUUUAUGCAGAUAGACAAUUUAAAAAGUGCUGAGGGAGCUGGUGACUUGUUUGGUUAUCCUUUGAUGAUCAAAAGUAGGAAGUUGGCAUAUGAUGGGCGAGGGAAUGCUGUUGCUCACAGCAAAGAGGAGCUUUCUUCUUCUGUCAAAGUAUUGGGAGGAUAUGAUCGUGGGUUAUAUGUCGAAAGAUGGACAGAAUUUGUGAAGGAGUUGGCAGUCAUUGUUGGAAGGGGAAGAGAUGGUUCAAUAUCAUGCUACCCAGUAGUCGAAACCAUUCACAGGGAUAACAUUUGUCACAUAGUUGAAGCGCCUGCUGAUGUGCCUGAAAGUGUUAAGAAGUGUGCCAUGGAUGUUGCUCAAAAGGCUGUUAGUUCCCUAGGAGGGGCUGGUGUUUUUGCUGUAGAAUUAUUUUUAACUAAGGACGGAAAGGUUUUGCUAAAUGAAGUUGCUCCUAGGCCUCACAAUAGUGGCCAUCACACAAUCGAGUCCUGCUACACCUCUCAGUAUGAACAGCAUUUGAGAGCUGUCACUGGUCUUCCACUUGGUGAUCCAUCAAUGAAAACCCCAGCUGCAAUCAUGUACAACAUUCUGGGGGAAGAUGAGGGAGAACCGGGUUUCUAUAUAGCUCAUCAGCUGACAAGGAGGGCACUGAGUAUUCCUGGGGCUUCUGUUCAUUGGUAUGACAAACCAGAAAUGAGAAAGCAGCGGAAAAUGGGUCACAUCACAAUUGUAGGUCCUUCAAUGAACAUAGUAAAAAGACGCCUGGACUUAUUAUUGGAGAGAGAAAACAUUGGAAACCACACUGCAGCUACUCCACAUGUUGCUAUUAUAAUGGGAUCUGAUUCAGACCUCCCUGUCAUGAAAGAUGCUGCAGAAAUUUUGAAGGCUUUCGAUGUGCCAUUUGAGAUAACAAUUGUUUCAGCUCACCGAACACCUGAGAGGAUGUAUUCCUUUGCAUUAUCUGCUAGAGAACGAGGAAUUCGAACCAUAAUUGCUGGUGCUGGUGGUGCAGCACAUUUGCCAGGCAUGGUCGCUUCGUUGACUCCAUUACCUGUAAUUGGGGUCCCAGUGAAAACCUCAUCACUUAGUGGAGUUGACUCCCUCUACUCGAUUGUUCAGAUGCCAAAAGGUGUACCAGUUGCCACAGUUGCAAUUAAUAAUGCAGCUAAUGCUGGUUUACUAGCAGUCAAGAUCUUGGCAAGUACAGAUUCUGAUCUAUCAGAAAGGUUGAUGAAAUACCAAGAAGAUAUGAAGGAUGCUGUAUUGGGAAAAGCCGAGAAGCUUGAAGCAGAAGGCUGGGAAAAAUACUUGAACCCUUGACUGCCCCUAUACAUUUCUGGGUCGGAAAUGAAUAAUUAGAGUUAAUUUAUACCCAAGGGGCUGGAGCUAUUGGAUAACGCUCAAGCGUACAAUGUUCCUGCUGCCUUCAACAUAUGAAGAACAUAGUUAAAGGAAAGCUGUACUCUUUCAGAAAAUCUGGAACUAAAGCCUUAAGGUUUUUUGUUUAUUUGGGCUGCUAACUACCGCAAGAUUUUCCUGUUUACUUCUUCUUUUUUUUUCCCCCCUUGACCCAGAGUGAAAAGGGGAACCGAAUUUUCCUGUAAUUUUAGUAAAUGAGAUGUAUCGUUACUGUAACUUAUUAGCAAUAAAAAGCAGUGAGGGAUCAAAAAGUGCUAGAUAGCAUAUAACUGAAGUGUA